GACGCAAACAGCCUGUGCUCUCCGAAAAAGUCUUUCCAGGCGAACAUGGCGGCAACUUAGGCGCGCUCCAAGAUGACAACGGCCAGCCGGAGACGGGAAUCAAGGCUCGACGCUCGGCUUCGAGGCAGUGACAAACCCGGCCAGUGCGGGCCGGCACUGUGAGCCCAAUCUGCGGCAGACGCCCCAGCAAGGAUCAUCAUCAUCAUCCUCCUCAUCCUCCUCCUCCUCCUCCUCAUCGUCAGCAGCAGCCUCGGCAGCGUCGAGCAGGCUUGUGCGAACACCCUGCACCGAAGGACGGGGAGGACACCCGGGGAGGCGAGGAAGAAGGGGGGGGCAUGCGGUCAAAGAGGACGCCGUCCCCCCGCGGGGAGCCGUGGAGGAUGCGGCAAGCUUAAUCCGCGCGGGUGGGCUUUAUUGGACCGGAAUAGCACCGAUCCUGCACCGGCGGAGGAAAACGGCAACCCGCGGGAGAACGCAGCCUGCCUCCCCUAAGUCAAUGAGUAUUGAGACAGAGAAGCCCCCGCGGUGGAGUCGGCCAGGGCAGCACUCUCCUAAAAUAUGACCAGGGGUGCUUGGAUGCGUCGACAGCAUGACGACGGCGUCAAACACUGGUUCGCACCCCGCGGGACCGAGAAGCCAUCCACCGAGUCGGAGCGGGCCCAGAGAUGGCGACUGUCGCUGGCCUCGCUGCUCUUCAUCACCGUCCUGCUCUCGGAUCACCUGUGGUUCUGCGCCGAGGCCACGCUCACCCGCACCAGGGACAAGCGCGCCGGCCCGGCGGGGCUCGGGAUUCGAGAGACGGGCGAGCAGCCUCACUCCCUCCGCUGGGUCCCGCCGACAUCACCACCACCACCACCAUCAUCAUCAUCAUCAUCAUCACCACCGCCUGACCCCUACCGGCUCGCCAGAGAGCAAGAUGCUAUUUUUCUAGGGAAUUCUACCGAACCUCUGUGGCGGAUGGACACCUGUCACCCGGACAGCGUGUCCAAAGACUGCUUCACGUUCACGGACGCGGACACCGUGUGCCUGGGCCUCUCCGCCGCCGCCGCCGGAGGGGGCGAGGAGGGGACGCAGCAGUCGGCGGCUGACGUGAACCUGAGCGAUUUGUACCUUUCUUUUUGUAAUUCCUACUCACUUUUGGAUUUGUUCCACGGGUUUACGAGUCCACGCGACGUCAACUGCACCCUGGAUAUGGCCACGGGGGCGGGGGACGCGCCGGGAUGCGGCGAGUGCGUGCGGGCUUACCAGCUCCUCGACCGGCUGGCGGAGGACAACUACCGGGAGUUCGAGCUGCUGGUGCGCAAGUACGAGACGGACGCGUACUCGGUUCGGACGUGCAUGGAGGAAUGCAAGUUGGCAUACAAGCCGUGGCUGUGUUCUCAGUACUUCCAGACCACCCAGAUGCACUGCACUAAGAGAAUCCCCUGUGGUCAAUACUGUCUGGAGGUGCAGCAGCGGUGUCCCUUUGUCCUGCCUGACAACGAUGAUCUCAUUCACGGAGGCAGCCCCAGUUUUAUAUGUGCAGGGUUGCUGGAGGACCAUCCGUCGGGCGCCGACCCAGACGCAGAGUGCUGCGACGUGCGGUGGGACUUGAAAGUGGACAACCGCUCUCGGGGGACGCUGAAAAGAACUCACCCGCCAUGCCAGCACCGAACCUCCCUCAGCUCCUCGGCAGCGAGCAGACUGUGUAACAGCCGCCUCAAACUCUGCCUGCUGGUGCUGGUCCUCCUGCACACUGUGGCCAGUCUCACCGCCGCCCACAAUGCAACGGGCCUGGGCCUCCCCGCCAUCACGCCUCUGGAGGAGAGCCCCGCCAGUGAGGAGUGAUUGCCAGGAGGAGACGUCUGGAGCUGUGCGCCUGUGCGGACAUUGGGCAACACUUCCUAAUGGAAAACACUGCUUUGACACAAGAGACACACAAACCCAAUCAAGAGGGGACACAAGGGGCUCGUUUAGUCCGUUAGGUAGGGACAGGGGGGACAAUACCACAGCCUUUGAGUGGGAAGAGUU